UAGGGCAACUUGACCUCUGUCAUCCCAGUAUGCAGCCUCUGGGUUCUGUGCUUAGGGCCCACUGUGUCUGGGGGAGGGGAAGGGCUGCGAGUGAGCUAUCGCCCACCUGAGGAGGUAGCUGUGAGCCAGGGCUUCAUUGGUGCAGAGAGAGUGGGUAGCUGGCAACUGGGUGAGUCUGAGGUCCCUGGAUGCAAGUCAGUUGCUAGAAGCCUAAGGAAAUAAUUUAUGGGAAAGGACCUGGUUGCCUGCUUUAGACCAGUGUUUUCCAAAGUAGUUCUUUGGGAUGCAGUUAGGUGUGACAAGAAGCAGGGCAGCAGGAGUGGCUGAGAGUAUCUGUGCUUUGCAGUCGGGGAGCUGGGUCCGGAUCCUGGCUCCAUCUCUCUCUCUCUCUCUCUCUGUAUGGCCUUGGCUAAGGAGCUCCCAACCUCUCUGAAUUUCACUCAACAACAAAAUGGGCAUAGUAAUACCUACCUUACAGGCUAGUUAUGAGAAUUAAUUGCAACAAGGCUAUGAAGAGUGAGCAUAUAGUAAACACUUACUACAUUUCAGCUAGCUUUAUAAUAUAAUCAUUACUGGGAAAGGAAUCCUUGGUCAUGUAAGCUUGGCAAAUGUAGGUUCAACAAAGUGAAGCAGGCUUCUUUGGUGCAAACCUUCUCCGAGCCUUUAAUAUGCUGUUAUUACUUGGGAAGUUCUAAGAGUGGGAUGUGGAGCAUCGGACUGGACUUAACAGAUCACAGGGACUCAGGAACUAAGGCACCAUCGAAUGUCAUCAUUCCCUGGUCUUUGCCCUCAUGGUGGAAUGGAAACGUGGCUGGAUUGGGCAACUCUGGGGAAGGGCUUGCUGUCUCUGGGCUCUUGUUUUCUCAAUGUAAAACAAAAGAGCUGCGAGAUGCUUUCAGAGGCCUUUUCUGGUCCCCUGAAGUUCUGAGUCGGGAAGACAAAGUUGUAGACAAGGGUAAAGGCCAGACUGUUGAGGCUAAAGCCCUGUCUCUUGGGGAGGAGAAGAAAUCCAGUGCUGGCUCCUCAACCAGGGGAGUUCUUAUGCUCUGGACAGAAGUGGCCCCACUAAUUAGUUCAUCAGCAAGGUCUUCUUCCUAAACCUGCCAGGCUGUCUGGGAAUAGAAAGUAGUGGUGUAAUGACAUUUAAUUCUUUCCUCCCUACCAGAUGAGGAAAGGCCAGAGACCAGAGCUGACUCCAGAAUGUAAUGCAGGAGGAGCUCAGGGAUGCAAAUCAGGCUCGGGGUGUGCUAACACACCUCGUGUGUGGGCUGGGGGCUUGUCUUGAUGUUGCCUUUGCAUAGCAAGCACAUUGCAUUUACUUGGACCAUGUGCGAAUUAUUGGGUGGCUUUGGGGGUGAUCACGGUGCUGCUGGUGGCGGGGAAGUUGAGUGCAGAUCUUCUUGCCUCUUAGAAUGACUGGUGCAAAGGAAGUUGCAAUAAAUAUCUGAUGAAUGAUGGACAGAGUACAUCUGGCUGCUGAGUCCAAUAAGCUUCUUGGGGGAGAAUAUGAGGGAGGGGAGUUGUCUGUCUAGCUAGUUGUCUGGCUAGUUUUUCAACAGAUAUUUGAUUUAAUGAAUGAAACAGUGGAUAAUGAUAAGCCUGAAUUAAGCAAUUGGUACCAGGCAAAAGCAGUAUAUAAUUAUGAAAUAAUUAAUAGUACUUGCCACCUUGUUUUGCAAAGGGCAGUUUAAGGAAGUGGUUAAGAUUGCAAACUGAGUUUAUAUCAUGCCUCUGCCACUUCCUAGGCAGGGUACUUAACUUCUCUGUGCCUUAGUUUCCUUAUAUGAAAAAUGGGCAUAAUGAUAAUACCUAUCUGAUAGGGUGCUAUGAUGCUUAAAUGAGUCAAAUAUGCAUAAAGUGCUUAAGACACGGACACAUAGCACAUGCUGUGUAAGCAUUUGCUAUGCUUUGUUUUCCUCUCUGUUACCUCUACCAUAUCAUGAAGUUCCUGAAGGCAGGGAUCAAAUUCUUUUCCACUCUCCUGCCCACCCCCACCUUUGGGACCCGGCACAGGACAUGAAGCAGAGAAGGGGCUCACUCCUCGCCACGCCCACAGCCAUGGCCACAAUGGUGGCCCAGAAGCUCAGCCACCUCCUGCCCAGUUUGCGGCAGGUCCACCAGAUGCCUCGGCCGUCUGUGCAGCCAGAGCCUGUGUUCACGGUGGACCGAGCCGAGGUGCCGCCCAUCUUCUGGAAGCCAUACAUCUAUGUGGGCUACCGGCCGCUGCAUAGGACCUGGCGCUUCUACUUCCGCACACUGUUCCAGCAGCACAACGAGGCGGUGAACGUCUGGACCCACCUGCUGGCGGCCCUGGUGCUGCUGCUGCGGCUGGCCAUCUUUGUGGGGACCGUGGACUUCCGGGGAGACCUGCACGCCCUGCCCCUUUUCAUCAUUGUUCUUGCCUCCGUCACCUACCUCUCCCUCAGUGCCUUGGCUCACCUCCUGCAGGCCAAGUCCGAGUUCUGGCAUUACAGCUUCUUCUUCCUGGACUACGUGGGUGUGGCUGUGUACCAGUUUGGCAGUGCCCUGGCACACUUCUACUAUGCCAUUGAGCCCGCCUGGCAUGCCCAGGUGCAGACCUUUUACCUGCCCAUGGCUGCCUUUCUCGCCUGGCUUUCCUGCGCUGGCUCCUGCUACAACAAGUACAUCCAGAAGCCCGGCCUGCUGGGCCGCACUUGCCAGGAGGUGCCUUCGGCACUGGCCUACGCACUGGACAUCAGCCCCGUGGUGCACCGCAUCCUCGUGUCCCCCAACCCUGCCACGGACGACCCGGCUCUUCUCUACCACAAAUGCCAGGUGGUCUUCUUUCUGCUGGCGGCCACUUUCUUCUCUGCCUUCGUGCCUGAGCGCUGGUUCCCUGGCAGCUGCCAUGUCUUUGGGCAGGGCCACCAGCUCUUCCAUGUCUUCUUGGUACUGUGCACGCUGGCUCAGCUGGAGGCCGUGGCGCUGGACUACGAGGCCCGGCGGCCCAUCUAUGAGCCUCUGCACACCCGCUGGCCCCACAACUUCUCCGGCCUCUUCUUGCUUACUGUAGGCAGCAGCAUCCUCACUGCAUUCCUUCUGAGCCAGCUGGUACGGCGCAAACUCAGUCUCGAUCGGAAGACCCAGUGAAGGGGGGUGGCAGCUUUUAGGGAGGGAGGUAUAGUGGGGGCCCAAGGGUCUGGGCUUGGCUCCAGAUGGGAACAAGGCCUGGUAAAAUUGCUUGUGUCUGGCCCGCAGUGACUUCUCUGUGCACGCCUCAGCUGCCAAGGGGGGGCACUGGCCAGUCCUUGGAUUUGAGGAUUGGCUGGAGCUGCUGGGGUCCACUUCAGGGCCUGCCCCAGCUCCCUGCCCUGGGAGAGGGAAAGAGAGAGAUGUGGGGCACCCUGGUUUGCCUCCCCCCAUUGCCUCUCACUUAGGGGUGAGGAUGGAGGAUCAGCUGGGGCCAAGACCCUGGCCUGGGCCUUCCAGAUUAUCUCUGAGGGGUUGAAGUUGGGAUUUAGGUCAGAGUCAAAUCUGAGCUGAGAGAUAGAGGAAGCGUCAGCAACUGCCCUCUACCCAGAUUUCACUGGUGGAUAGGGAAAGGGCAGGCCCAAAAUAUGUGCAGGAUCUUACCAUUCUUGAACCCCAGCCUGAAGUUUUGGUGCUGCAGAGAGCCCCCAAAGAUAGAAGAUUGUGCCAGGCAGAAAUGGAUCCCAUCCAGUGCCCCAUGCCUCUUCAGCCACUAUCCCAGACAGUGAGCCCUGACCCUCCUACCUCUGGCCUCUACGUCCCACACAUCCUGUUCCCAGUGUCUUUCCUGGUUCCCUUGUUCAUGAUUCAGUGUUUAUCCAUUCAGUGUUUCUUGGGCCUCUGCUCAGAGGCAGGCCACUGACUGGGCUCCGUGGAUCAAUGCAGGAUGGUAAAGGCUUUAAUAUCGGAAUGAACUGUCAGGGGAAGCACUGAGGAGGGAAUAAUUAGUGUUGCCUGGGAUCCUCAGGGUCUUGGGUUGGGGAGGGUGAAUAGGAGUUUACAGAUGGAGAAGAGGAAGGGCAUUCCACGUAGAGGGAAAAACCUGUCCAAAGGCCAAGAGGUAUGGAAGAAGGAGUUCACUGCGGCUGGAAUUAGGAGUGGUCUGGACUCUCGUGUCCUGGAUACAAUAAAGUGACUGUGAUAAGA